AUGCUUCUGUACUGCACUCAUUACACGCAUGUGAAGUAUGCCCAAAGAUCAGCAGUGGAAAGCAGAAUAUACAGGAGAUCAACCGACGAAGUGCAUGACAAAAUCGAUAUUGUGAAUGCUGAACGUGAGGAAAAAAUAGAUGAAGUCGAUCAAGAAUGUGACACAAUAGCUGAUCCAGUGGAAAGUGAGCGUACCAUACCAACUGAACGAGUAGUUGACCCCGAACACGUCGGAUAUAUUCAUCAAUUCGAUCCUGGACGUGAAGCAACAAUAUUUCAAGUUGAUCCUGAAAAUGACAAAAUAAUUGAUGCAGGUGAUCCUGAACGUGAAACAACAAUUGAUGCUGUUGAUCCCGAAUGUGGAACGGCAAUUGAUCAAGUCGAUCCUGAAGGUGUCACAACAUUUGAUGCUAUUGAUCCUGAACAUGACGUAGCAAUCAAUCCAUAUGAUCCUGAACGAGAAACAACAAUUGAUCCUGUUGAUCCUGAACGUGACGUAGCAAUUGAUCAGGUCGAUCCUGAACAUAAAACCACAGUCAAAUCAGAUGAUCCUGAACGUGAGACAACAAUUGAUCCUGUUGAUCCUGAACGUGAGGUAGCAAUUGUUCAAGUCGAUCCUGAAUGUGAAACAACAAUUGAUUCUGUUGAUCCUGAACCUGACGUUGCAAUUGAUCAAGUCGAUCCUGAACGUGACACGACAACCAAUCCAAUCAAGUCUGAACGAGAAACAACAAUUGAUUCUGUUGAUCCUGAACCUGACGUAGCAAUUGUUCAAGUCGAUCCUGAACGUGAAACAACAAUUGAUUCUGUUGAUCCUGAACGUGACGUAGCAAUUGUUCAAGUCGAUCCUGAACGUGAAACAACAAUUGAUUCUGUUGAUCCUGAACCUGACGUUGCAGUUGAUCAAGUCGAUCCUGAACGUGACACGACAACCAAUCCAAUCAAGUCUGAACGUGAAACAACAAUUGAUUCUGUUGAUCCUGAACCUGACGUUGCAAUUGAUCAAGUCGACCCUGAUCAUAAGACGACAACAAAUGCAGUUGAUCCCGAACAUGAGACAACGAUUGAUCAAGUCGAUCCUGAACGUGACAUGACAAUCAAAGCAAUCGAGCCUGAACGUGAAACAAAAAUUGAUUCUGUUGAUCCUGGACGUGAGGCGACAAUCAAUCCAGUUGAUCCCAAACAUGAGACAACAAUUGAUUCUGUUGAUUCUGGACGUGACGCAGCAAUUGAUCAAGUUGAUCCUGAACGUGAGACGACAAUCAGUCCAGUUGGUCCUGAACUUGAGCCAACACUUCAUUCUAAUACUGGUACUAUCAAGACACAGCGAAACCUUAUAACUAGUACUGAAACUCAAGAAGACCUAAACAGCUGUGGCGAUGACAUUUCUACAUACACGUGUAUGGAGAAUACGUGCCGUGGAAGAUGUGGGCAGAUGAACAAUUACACGAAUGCCUUGUGGCUCUGCUCUUGUGAUGCGGCGUGUCACAUCUAUGGGGAUUGCUGCAAGGACUUUAACGAUGUUUGCGACAACCGUACACAUAACACUGAGAUCAAGGAAUCAUUCGUUUGCAGAAAUAUAGGAGCCGGUCGAUACAUAUACAUGAAGCAAUCCUGUAGUCCCGACUACAAGGGUGUGGAUGUCAUUCGGAAAUGUUACGGGGAGAGUGGUGUAGAGGGUGUCGUACCAGUGACUGACGAAUUGACAAACACUGUCUAUGUCAACUAUUUUUGCGCUAUGUGUAAUUUGGUCAAUGAAACCAUUGUUCCUUGGGAAAUAUCAAUCCAUUGUCAAAUCAAGUAUCCCCCACAAUUUCCCGUAUCAGUCAGCGCUUUUUUAAUCGACUUGGUAAAUAGGGCUGAGAAAUCAGGAAGAAUGUGUUCGAUUUCCAAAGUUCCAAAGGUAGAAGGUUUAAAUAUGCGACGGCCCUGUAUUUCUAUUUCACCAACUCAAUGUAGCAAGAGAUGCAAAGACGAGCGUAUUUUGGAAGCCUGUAGAAAUGGAGUUCGAGAUCCACACUUUUCAAAAUUGGAGGUGGUCUGA